AUGCCAGCAAGACCUGAUCCUUUGGAGAAAUUGGAUUCCUGUCUCGUUGGCUAUUUUAUUGAUAAAGGAGUUGGGUAUAAUUAUCUUCGGAAUAGUGCGUUUGGGAUGUGGAAGGCUAAGGGCCUUAAGGAAGUUCUCACAAAUGGGGAUGGCUUCAUGUUCUUCAUAUUUGAUACCCCUGAGUGUUGUAGAGACGUUCUAGAGGGAGGCCCAUGGUAUAUUGGCGAUUAUCUCCUCAUCUUGAAACAAUGGAAGAGAAUGAUGAAGCUUGCCAAGGAGAAAUCCACUAAAAUCCCAGUUUGGGUGAAAUUCUUUAAUGUCCCCCUGGAAUACUGGGACCCUGAUGGUUUAAGCAGGAUUGCUAGUACAAUUGGCAACCCCCUCUUUAUGGAUCAGCUUACGGCUCGAGGUAGUAGAGUGGCCUUUGCUAGAAUCUGUGUGGAGAUAGAAGCUACAUCAAAGUUGCUCUCUUACUUCCAAAUCAAGUGUGGUGAUGAUGCUGUCUUGAUUAAAGCUGAAUAUCAAGGACUGCCUUCUGUUUGUCAACACUGUCAGAUCUUUGGACAUAGUACUGAGAAGUGUGUUUCCAAACAAGUGGCCCAAUUGAUUUCCUUGCAGAAGGUAACCGAAGAGAAUGUUAAUCCUCAGGAAGAAGGUUGGACCACUGUUCAAGCGAAGGGUAAAAGAAAGGUGGGGGAUCCUGAGUUAGAGACUAUACCUGAAGUGGUGGAGUCCCCUGAAAUCCCUUCAGAUACAGAGCCAAUACCUACUUCAGUUGUAGAGCCUUUGGCUGCUUCAGCUCAUGCUCAAGUGAUACAGGAGGAUCCGGCCGAGAAGAGCUCCUCUGUGGAAGAAGUAAGUUCUGACAGCAGUGAUGUGGAUAGAUUUCAAAAGAAGAUUUUCGAGAUUACAGAGCUGGUUAUACCUAAUGCUGCUGAAAUGCUAGAGUCAGCUCUGAAGGAGGUAAAGAAGUCACCUACUGUAGCUCAGGUAAACCAGCAUAUAAAGAACAAGUCCUCUGGCAAAGGCAGCAGCAGCCAGAGGAAGAAGAAGAAGUAA